AUGGCGGAACGCGCGAGCGCGGCGGCGGGGCGCUCGCGGUCGCUGUUCUUGUGGGACGACGGGAGCCCGAUGAGGUUCUACGUGCGGCCCGGGCUGGCCAAGAUGCGCCUGGCGCCCCUGGUGCUGGCGGGCGGCGGGCGGCUGUGCCGCGUGCAGGAGCCGGGAGCCGUGCUGCUGGCGCAGCCCGGCGAGGUGGCGCCCGGCGGGUCUGUUUCCACCGAGUACGUGACGGAGUGCGUGGAGCGCAACCAGCGGCUGCCGCUGGAACCCUUCCGGCUGCCCGCGCCGCCGCCCGCCCCGCCGCCCGCCGCCUCGCCGCGCGGGCGCCUCGCCUUCACGGAGGCGGAGGACGCGGCGCUGGUGCGGGCGGUGCGCGGGCGGGGAAAGGCGCGGGCGAGCGGCCGGGCGCUCUGGAAGGAGCUGGAGCGAGCCGGCCUGACGCGGCACAGCUGGCAGGCCAUGCGCGACCGCUACCUGCGGCACCUGCGGCCGCAGCUCUGGGGGACCCAUCAGCCGGAGGAGCCCGCGCAAAGCACAGGUCUUUUCGAGGCGGCUAAUCGGGAGUUUGAAAGCACGGAGUCAGGAAGUGACACUUCAGACAUUUCAGAAGAACUUUGUUCACAACGUGGAGAGGGAAGGUGCCCAGGAGAAACAGCAUCUGCUUUGAAAACUCAACCGGAGGCUUCUGCUCUCCCUGACGCUCAGUUACAAAGGGAAGAAAGACCAACAAGCACUUCCAAUGCAGUGGGAGAAGUAGUAAAAACUAUACAGCACUUCAUGGAGAAGUUCAGCAUGGACCUAUUCACUGUUACGCAGGCCUUUCUGAAAAACACUGGUGAAGUAGAGACUACUUUAUACUUUCUGCAGACAGGGCAGCGCUUGGAUGGGUACCCUGUAUGGAGCAGAGAGGAUGAUUUGGAAUUGCAAAAAGAUGAUGAAUGUGUCAGAAAUAAAUUGAUAGCAAAAUUUGGAGCUGAAAAUGUAGCAAAGCGAGUAGCGUUUAGGAAAAGUUAGAUAGCAAAGCAGAGGAGAAUGACUGUUCUAGGACUGUGGCAAGAACUUAAGUCAUUUCAGACAUGCAAAUGUGAUGGAAAAUUUGAUGCAGCAUUCUGAAGUUUCAGAAAUGCUUUAAAAUAUUUCUUUAUAAAAGGCCUGGUUUGUAUUUUAUUUGUAAUACCGAGUACACUAAAUAUUUAAAAGUGGAAAAUGGUGAAAAGAAAGGUUCAAUUCAGGAUCAAGUUUUCACUGAAACUUUGCUUUAAAGUGUGUAUUUACUGUAUAAACCAGCUGACAGUUCUACCUGUACAUUGCUGCAUACAAAGGAUUUUGAAUAGGGUCGGCACCAAAAUCUGACAGAAUCACAUUAAGUCCUCUAACCUGUAAUGCAUUAUUAUUGUACAAUAGCAGCCUGCUCUCUGUCACAUGCCUUACUUCAAACUGUUCUGGAUGGUCAUUUAAUAACCUGCUCUACCAGUUGUCAUUACCUUUUUGUUUGUUUUUGCUAAUGAACCUUGAUUAGCAGCAGAUAUUUGGAGGUGAUAACAAUCAAAAUGUAACUCUUCAAAAGGAGGGAUCAAGAACAUUCAUGCCAGGAGAUGAAGCACUUGGUCUCACAUUAAUGCUGAGAUGUCUCAGCCAUGUGUACUGGGAAUGGCCAAAAAGGAUCACUCUGCUAUUACGAUAUUCAAUUUCAUGUUACAGAGAUCUGCCAGUUAAAACUUCAGGCAAGUAGGCAGUCAUCUCAAUUUUUAUUACCACUUCCAGCACGUGUUCUCCAGUGCUAAUAUUGCAGGGUUUAAUGACAUUACCAUCUCGCCUCAUUAUUUCAAAAACAAUAGCUCUGCCUCGGCUUGCAUCUGUACAUAUUGAAGAAUCACAGCUUCUUUAAUUCAGGCAAAGUAACACUUGUACAGACCAUAUAGUCUAGUUGGAAAAAGUAGACCGGCUUUUGGGGCCACGUACAAUAGUUCAAGUAGGAGAUGCAAAUUAUGAAAGAGUGCUCAGAGCUUAUUUAGGUACGUAUCACCUAAGUCAUGUUUGAGAGAGAGAAAACACCAUAGCUAGUAUACAGGCACAAUCUGAAAAGAUCUGUACUUUCAGACUGAAAUUGUGCUCCGGUUACUGUUUUAAUAUUAUUCAAAGUCAGUUCUGUAAAUCUGGGAUUCAUCCUUUUGGCGAAAUAAAAUGGGCUGGUGAAAGCAAA